ACUCCCUGGCUGUGGCCGCCCUGCCUGGCCGCUGAGGCUGUAAGUGCUGUCCCUGUGUAUAGGUGGAUCUGGCCUUUUAUUGCAGAGACCCCCAGGGACCCCCAGUGAUUGCAUGAUGGCUGCCCGUGCCUCGCCCUUACUGCUGAGCUUGGCUCUGCUCACUGUGUGUUGGAAAGUAUAUGGAGGUGAUUUCGAUGACUUCAAUUUGGAAGAUGCUUUGGAUAUGGCAACAGAGAAACCUAAACCUAAACCUCCCAAAACUCCAGCACAUAAACCAGGUGAUGACUUUGAUUUAUCAGAUUUUUUUGAUACUCCAAGCAAGCCAACGACAAAGCCCCCCAGGCCACCUCCAAAGAAACCAGCAGGUGACCUGGAUUUGUCAGACUUUUUUGAUACCCCAAGUAAACCCACUGCAAAGCCAGCUAGACCAACCAUUAAACCCCCUCCCAAAAAACCCGAUAUCCCGAAAAACCCAGGAAAAAAGCCAGAUUCGGGUGGCUUUGACUUGUCAGAUGCCUUGGAUGAGAAGAAUGAUCCAAAAGGUUCAGGUACCAAGAUUAAAGAGAAAGAUAAGCCGGCUGGGGGAUCUGAUUUUUCGGAUUCUGAUUUAGAAGACAUCGUGGGUGGCGGUGGCUACAGUCCAGACAAAAAGAAAGGUGGUCAUGGAGGUGGUGGUGGUGGCUCAAACGGAUAUUCAGGAGCAGGCGGUGACUCUGAUUCUGGAGGUUCAGCAGAGCCUGCAACUAUUGCAGGGGUGGCAAGCGGCUUGGCUAUGGCAUUACUUGGUGCUGUAGUGAGUUACAUUUCAUAUCAACAAAAGAAGUUUUGCUUCAGAAUACAAGAGAGCCUUAAUGCAGAAUAUGUCAAGGGGGAACAGGCAGAAGGCGUAGUGUGCGAAGAACCGCCAGUAAAAUAUUCAGUGGAAGAACAGACCGCCGCUCCUCCAACACAAGAUCCUUCCAAGGUGUGAACAUCCCAUUCACGACACCAACACAGAGAAAUGUUGCCAGCCACGUAAUCGAUGAAGCCUGUAUGGGCGUAUUUUAAUUGGGCUUCAAGAUAAUGGACAGCUUCUUAAAGAGUUUUAUGUUUACGUUUUAGUGACAGGUCAAUUUUUUAACUUAUUUUUUUCUCGUUGAUAUGAUCAAAUAUUGAUGUGAAUACCCUUCCCGGUUUUUAAUUAAUAACAUUAUCUGGAAACCAUUUUUUUUUUUCCCAUUUGUGAAAUGGAAGCAAUUCUUAACAUUACUUUAGUGCUCCACACAAAAUAUUAAUAUACCCAGGAUCUGAAUGGGAGCCCCUCAGGCUACUGCUGUUAAAAUUCUUUGCUUGUGUGAGUUUUCAAUAAACAAGAAAUAGAUUCUUC